AUGGCGGCUCGAGACGGGCGCCCCUCGAGGGUCUUCGUGUCCUUGUUGGCAAGCGCCACGUCCACUGACCUCUUGGCGUACGUGCCGUGCAUGGAAAACAGCGUCAAGUUCUCGGGUGGUGCGGCCGCUGCGCUGCUGGCCAUGCGGUGCGCGGGAAGUCUGCGCUCUGCCUGUGUCGUGGGAGUGCUCUCGGGACUGUUUGCUCACUCGCUGUAUGCCGACGUCCUGCGCAAGAGACGCCGACGCAGGCGAGAGAAACGAAGAGGAGCGGAAACAAGAGGACGACAAGGAGAAGGAGAAGGGGAGAGAGGAGAGAGAGAAAGAGGUAGAGGAGUGGCGGACGACGAGGAGGAAGUAGAGGAGAAGGCGGAGGCAGCAGACGCGGAGACGUGA